AUGGCCGAUGUACGAUCCCUCCUCCGCCAGCAACGUGCUGCAAGACGAAUCGAGCAUCCUCAUGCUGCCUACUCCGAUGCGGGCAAGCUGCUCUGCACCCUCUGUCACGAGGCGAUCAAGUCCGAGUCUCUUUGGGAUAGCCAUAUCCGCGGAUCCGGGCACACGGCGAAGGUCAAGGUGGCGCAACAAACGUCCACGAGCGCGAGCGGAUCGGCGGCCGCAGGCGGAGUCUCUUCGAACAAGCGGAAACACGACUCAGAUGAAGAUAUGGAAGAUGAUGACACAGCCGAUGCAGUGCGGAAGAAGCGAAGCAAGGGGAAUAUGAGCACGCCUACUCGCUUGUCCGCUGGCGAGUCAGACCGUGAUCUCAAGGACGUGACACUCACACCACCUUCGCUGAACCGCCGAACGUCCACCACCCCAGUUCAGGGGGUUGAGAUUCAGAUUCCGUCGCGCCCGCACACGCCUGCGCAUAGGGAUGCGACAUCUUCAAACUCAACCCCCAUUGUGCAGCCCAUUGGACCAUCGCCAUUGAUCCCGCAAGAGGAGUUACCGACGAAGCCGAACGCUACUGGCCCGGCUACCCAGCAAGACGGCACAGCUACAAAGCCUGUUGGAGGGGCCGUCGACGAGGACGAGUGGGCAGCAUUCGAGGCGGAUAUUGCUGCGACAACAGCGCCGUACUCGGAGGACGCUGUUAUCGCGGCACCAGCCAUGACGGCCGAGGAGACUGCGGCAGCAGCAAAGACAGAGGAGGAAGAACAAGCAAAACGGCGACUCCUUGCGGAGAAAGAUCUUCUCGAUGAGAAAGAGGAGGCUACGCGAGCAUUAGAGACGGAAUUUGAGGAUAUGGAGGAGCUCGAGGCUAGGGUUCGGAGGUUAAAGGAAAAGCGGGAGGCUUUGAGGAAGCAGAGCUUUACAGGCACCACUGCCCCUGUUGACAAGCCGACUGAAGCCAGUGGUAAAGAGAAUGUGGGAGUCAAUGGCGACGAGGAAGAAGAUGACGAGGACGACGAGGACGAGGACGAUUUUAUGGGCUUCCGAUACCGCUCAUGA